ACAUCGUACUCAGUUCAAACCAGCCUGUUCGAUUGUGGGUCUCCGGGGACUACGUAGUUGCCUCUCCAGUGUACGAGCACUGGAUCCGGUCUCCCCCUCUUGGAGUUGUCGCAGUCUGUGUUUGGAUUCAUGGCGAAAAGAUGGCUGAGCAACCUGUCUUCCAUAGCUUCUCGCAUAAAUUUCUUCCUUAUCAUUCUUCAAAUCCCACUUUUCAGGGUUCCAUGCAGAUCUGGUGUGUGUACAACACCAUUGCAUGUCACAUCAUCACAAUUGAUUGCAAGUGAGAUCUUUCCGGUUUCUGCAGUGAAGGCCCUUCUUUACCCUGGAGCUGUUGCCAAUGGCAUUAUUAAGAACAUGACCAUUCCAAGUUGGGAUAACCUGUUAAACAUUUAUAACUUGACCAGUGUGAAAGAAGCCCCUGCAGUUGUUGAUCUCCAACGAUUGGAGGUUCUUGCAGGAAGCUACUUUUCCGUGGCUGGAGCCCUAGUGGGUCUCCUAAAACCAGGGAGGAUGAGCAUGUUUGGGACACUUUUAAUAAUAUGGGGCCUGGUUAAGGAAGGGAUCCUUGGAAAGCCUGUGAACACAGAUCCCACUAAAUCUGUGUAUGUUUACCCAACAAUGGUGCUCGCCCUGAUCUGUGCAUUCUCAUCAGUGAAAUAUGAUGUCCAGAAGGUCGUUAGAAGUGCACCUGCUGGACCCAUUGCAAAGCCUCUGCAAAGUUCUUCAAAAUCUAAGCUGAAAUGAGUUGAAGUAUGUUACUCUUUCUAUUUCUUGUUGAGAAUUUUCGUCAGUAAUGAGUUCCAAACUACAUACAUACCUGCCAAAAUUAUUUACCAGUAAGAUUGAUGUUUCUUAAAAGGUUAUUUCUGCUUUUGAGUGAA